UUUGAGUCCUCGUCAUUAACGGUUGUGUAACGGUGUUGAAUUUUUACCGAAGCCGCGCUUGAUGUUUUGUUUGUGUAUAUGAAUAGCUAUUAUUGUGAAAACAAGCAUUACAUACCGGUCAAAGUGCCGCAGUUCAAAGUUGAAGGUGAAAACAUGUUUGUUGGUGGAAUAUAAAGUGGAGUUCCAUAACGUUGCACGAAUACGCUUAAACAGCUGCAAUGUAAUCGUGCUAGUUUGUUAUUGUGAAGUAUAAAAGUGAUAAAAAUAAUGAUGUUAUUAUUUUUGUGUGAAGUGUAUAUUAUAAUGUAACUAGAGUUACCGAAGGAAUCUAAAAAAUUCAAAAGUUUUCGUGAAAUCGUCAGGGAAAUUUAAAUUAAUUUACUUCGAGAGUGAAAGUGAAAAAAAAUUUCUAUGAAAAUCGAAAAUUGAUGCAAAUAGUGUGAAAAAGCAAGCAACAAAACAACGAAGUGGGACGAAAAAAAUAACAACCAAAGCUAUUCAGAAUAAGAGUUAUAAUCGCCAAGUUUUAUAAAAUAAUACAAAAAUGUUUACUUCAGAACAGUAUUUUUUGUGUAAAUUAUACGCCCACUGUCACAAUAAUAAUUAUUUCAAAAUGCUGUGAAUUAAAAAAAAAUAUUACAUACAUAUUUAUAUGUAUAAGUAGUAACCGAAGCUAAUUCCGCUAUUACGAAGUCAAAUUAAAAUUGGUUAAAAACCAAUAUAUAAUUCGGCUGGCAAUAAAUACAUGCAAAUAAUUGUAACGGUUGUGGCUAUAAUAGUACUAACGCGAAAAAUAUUGUAACACCGGAAAAUAUUAUAAAAUAGGCGCGCAACGACGUAUAUUUUCCGGCGCAUUAAGAGUUGUUCAACGUAAUAAAAAACCGAAAUGACACACAUAAAAUUGCCAACGACGCGGAAAGCAAAAUCAGCGACCACUGUUGUUGCGCAGCGCAAAAUGCGAACGUUGUGCGCCAAAGCGACGAGUACGGCAGCGAGAAUCACAAGAAGAACAAAAACAACAACAGCGACAACCACAGCCAGCAUGGUAGCGCCACCGAAGCACAUAAUGAAAAUUAAACGCAAAAGCAAAAUACCAGAAAUUUCACUGCUCAUUGCUGCACUUUGGAUUAACAGCUUCUGGCCAGGGUCUAGUGAUGGCGGUGCCUACUGCGCGCAUAUGACCGCAGCAGCUGGUGUUGCCACCGGACACACGUUCACUGUCGAAAUGCGUGGCGCUCAUCACUAUGACGAAGGUCGCGUUGCAGGCGAUGGCAGUAGUAGCAGUGUUGAAAAUAUGCAAACGCAUGGUUUUGGCCAUGAAGGUGAUGCUAUUGGUAUGCUAGAGGAGUCGGAGGAGCGCGAUCAUAUCGCCCAUCAUUUUGAAAUGAAAAAUCAUGAAGAUAUGCUCGAUGAUAUACGAGACGAUGCAGCUGGGAAUUUCAUACCAGAGAAAGAUUUACCGAAAUUUGGUGAGCCACUACAUAAUGUCACAAUACCAGUGGGACGAGAGGCGGUAAUGCAAUGUGUUGUCGAUAAUCUGCAGACCUACAAGAUUGCGUGGCUACGUGUCGAUACACAAACAAUACUUACCAUACAAAAUCACGUGAUAACCAAAAACCAUCGAAUGAGCAUAACUCACGCAGAGAAACGUGCUUGGAUAUUGAGAAUUCGUGAUGUCAAGGAAGCGGACAAAGGCUGGUAUAUGUGCCAGAUAAAUACGGAUCCGAUGAAGAGUCAAGUUGUUUACCUGGAUGUUGUGGUGCCACCUGAUAUACUCGAUUAUCCAACCAGCACCGAUAUGGUAGUUCAAGAGGGUUCCAAUGUAACACUCAAAUGUGCAGCAGUUGGCUCACCAACACCGACCAUAACGUGGCGACGUGAAGGUGGCGAACCCAUACCACUACCCAACAACACUGAAGUCAUCGCCUACAAUGCCUCCCAUCUAACAAUCACUAAGGUACAACGACGCAAUAUGGGCGCAUAUUUAUGCAUCGCCUCGAAUGGCAUACCACCCUCGGUCAGCAAGCGCGUAAUGCUGAUUGUGCACUUUCCUCCAAUGAUUUGGAUACAAAAUCAGCUAGUUGGAGCCGCCACCGGUCAAAAUAUAACACUCGAAUGUCAAUCGGAGGCUUAUCCGAAAUCCAUUAAUUACUGGACGAAAAAUGAGACGAUCAUUGUGCCGGGUGAUCAUUUUACAUCCGAGAUUAUUGAGAAUGGCUACAGAAUAAUAAUGCGAUUAACAAUAAAUGAUGUUAACGUAGUGGAUUUCGGUUCGUAUCGUUGUGUGGCGAAGAACUCACUUGGCGAUACAGAUGGCACAAUUAAGCUCUAUCACAUACCGCAAACAACGACAGUAACCACAAUAGCACCGACGGUGGCACUCAAUACCGUGCCGGUGGUGAUUGCGAAAGACAACAAUAAAGAUCAACAUUUCAGCAAAAAAGUUCAUCGCACAAAAUCGAAUGCUGCAGAUAUUUCAUCAUCUUCCAUGAAUAAUGCUUAUAUUGACGCUACAUCGAGCUUAUGGAAUUCACAAGAUCAUAGUACGGGGAGAGAGCAACAACAAUUUUCACCUUGUGAACUCGCAACAACGUCCAAUGUACUCUGCGAGAAAAAUCAAGCUGGUCAGCUGGUUUCAACUUCAAUGGAUCCUUCAAGCGGCUUCUCUUCCAGUCAACACCCACACCUUUAUACGAUUUGGUUGCUGCUUCUGGCGCCGGGUUUGCACAUAUUGCUCCGGAGGCGUCAACAUUGCCACGCGAUUCAAAACAUAGCGUAGUAGCUGUAGUCGUAUGUGGUUCAACAAGUGGUACAUCCAAAAGUAUCUGAGCGAAAGAUUCUAUGAAUCUCAGUUGCACCAAUAAUGGAAAGUAUUUUUAAAUAGAUAGAGGAAGCAAGAGGAGUCAAUGCAAAGUUACCACAUUUCUAUGGACAAAUUUAUUUUGAAUUGGUGGUUCGUCAGUAUAAAAAUUGCAGCAACAACUAGAUACGAUGAUGAAUACGUUCAAAAUCAAAUCAAAGGAAAAUGAAGUUAAAUACUUAGAUAUAAAUAUAUGUCUAAGCAACGAAAGGGACCAGUAGUUCCGUAAUUACCUUUUAAGAAGAACUUAAAGAGAUAUCAUGAGGUAUUAUUUAUUAACCCAAUGGAGAGAAUUUGAAAAUGGAAUAUUUUGAAUUUAUUUCAAAUCCUCAAUAUAAAAAUCCUUCCCUAUUAUUUCCUACAGCACUAACUGGAGUGUGAGAGUGUGUAAUAUUAUGACUGAAUGGCUUUUCAACUGGCUGAAUACAGCUAAUCACGAGUUGUUUCAUCAGAAGUUGUUGUGUUUCAGCUAUGUGGGAGAGAUUAUGAUUUUAUAAGGCAUCAAUGGAAUAUGUUAAAAA